AUGGAAAAAUGGACGUUGGCAGAUUAUAAGAAUUACUCUGAACUUAAUAAACAUGUAAAACAAAAGGCUUAUGCUGGUUCUCUGAAAAAUUGUACUGACAAGGCUGGUGGGAGUUUACUUAGAGCACAAGUAACAGAUGGCUCAGGUAUAAAUAUAACCUCUACCAAAGAUGCUAGCACUAGAACUGCUUCUGCAGAGAGGCUCAGGGAACCUUUACCUUCCAAAGUAAGAAAGGAGCUUAUCAGCCUUGUGCAGGAUUCUAUGCAAUGUGCAAACAACAGUUCAACGAUAGGUCCUCCCUCUCAAAGGAAAAGGGUCACUGCCCCGUCAGGCAAGGUAGAUGGCAAAAUUUUUUAUACUACCCCGAUGCCUCUGCAUUCAUCUACUAUCUCUGGGGGGUUAUUGAGAAGCAAAGAAAAAAGAAGGUUCAUGCUUUGGAACCAAAGGAUUCCGUGUCCCAGAGCGGAUCCUAAGGGAAUGGAUCUUGUAAUUCCUGACUGCUAUGAAGACAUAGAACUUAUACCACUGAGAAAAUAUUUUGGUGGACAUGAAGGGGUUGGAGAGUAUAUUUGGUAUCGGACAAAUCAUAAACUUGAAGGAUCUGAACUACUAGAUAUAUCUAAUGCUUUUGAUGUUGUAAUAUGUGGGACAGAGCUGUCAGUAUUGAUUUGUUGUUCACAUGUAUUUUAUGAGAAAAUGUAUCUGUAGUUGAUGAUUUUGUUAUUAUUUUCCUUGUCAUGGCAGAUAGGCAUGAUAAUCUAACCCGCCCUUGUAGGUACUCGCCGAACCCGCCCUGAUUUGGAUGGGGAAAACUCGUGUCUAUCAGGUUCGGGUUUUUCCUGAUUGAUAAAAUCGGGGGCGGGGGCGGGGGCGGGGAUGUUGUAAUAUGUGGGACAGAGCUGUCAGUACUGAUUUGUUGUUCACAUGUAUUUUAUGAGAAAAUGUAUCU